AUGACAAGAGGUUUUAAAGAAAAACUAGGUGAAGGAGGUUAUAGUUGUGUUUACAAAGGAAAGCUUCGAAGUGGACAUCAUGUAGCAGUCAAAAUGCUUGGAAAAUCAGGAGGAAAUGGGCAAGACUUUACGACUGAAAUAUCAACUAUUGGAAGGGUACAUCAUGUCAAUGUGGUGCAACUUAUUGGAUAUUUUGCACAAGGCUCCAAGCGUGGCCUCGUCUUUGAUUUCAUGCCCAAUGGUUCUCUUGAAAAGUACCUCCUCAAUCGAGAAAUGAUGAAUUAUUUAAAUUGGAAUACAAAGUUUGAUAUUGCCGUUGGAAUAGCUCAAGGAAUUGAAUAUUUGCAUCAAGGGUAUGAUAUCCAGAUUCUUCAUUUUAACAUCAAGCCUAACAACAUACUCCUCGACCAGAACUUCAUCCCCAAAAUAUCUGAUUUCGGGCUAGCCAAGUUGUACUCCACCGAGAAGAAGAUUCCAGAGGUUCCAUCAUUACAAUCAACCCAAAUUUCAUCAUCAAAAUCAACCCAAAUUGCUGCAAAUGAGGAAGAGAGUUGGCUUACAGAUGCAACUGAUUCUGUAUCAUUGCUCCAUUAUAACAAUGCCAGCACCUUUGAGAUUACUACUGCAUGA